AUGUCAGAGGCCCAAAGAAAAGAUUUGUGCAAAGAACUUGAAAAGCACCCGUGUCUGUGGGAAACUUGUGGACCAGAGUAUAAAAACAAGCCACGAAGGUCAAGAACUCUGGAUGAGUUAUGUCAAAAAUUGAACAUUUCACCAAGCUGUCUCAAAAAACAACUACAUAGCCUUAGAACGGCAUUGACAAGGGAAGUAAAGAAAGAAACCACAGAAGGUCAAAAGUUGAGGUGGAAAUUUUACACCGCUUUAUCGUAUAUGAAAGAUGACGUUGUCCGUUCUCUUAAAGCGAAGGAAGAAACUGAGUGGACUGAAGAAGAGACUGAGCAAUUGAUCGAGUUUUACAAGCAAAACGACCAGCUAUGGAAUCAUCACCUUACUUCAUAUAGGGACAGAAACUUGAGAGACUUAAAUUUCAAGAAGCUGUGUGAAAUUCUACCGAACAGAAGCCAGGAUGAUGUUAAAAAACAGUGGAGUUCGUUAAAAACCAUUUUCUACCAGGAAUUAAAAAGAGAAGAAGACACCAAGGUGAGUGGAGCGGGUACCGACACGGCAUACUUUUCCCAAUGGAGAUAUUUCAAAGCAAUGAUGUUCAUAAAAGGGAGCGACGAUGUAGACCCUGCCGUUACUACCCUUGCAACUGCUGAUGAAAAAGAAAACGAGAGAUAA